AAUUUUAAAAAUUGGAAUGAGAAAAUUGUUCAAAAGUUGCAAAUUUGUUCUAAUUUCUACCCCAAAUUUGAAGUGUUUAUAAAAAAUUAUGUACCAUUUUGUAAUUAACAAAAGAAUAGGGGUGUCAAAAGCAAUUAUCAUAAACAAGAAAUAGGAACUACUAACAGUCAACUGGUUUAACGGUUUUAGGGUUUCUCUCUCUCUCAACAAUCCGCUCUCUAAUUUCGAAGAAAAAUCAAAGGCGGGAAGUGUCCAAUUUUUCGAAAUAUGGAUCCACCGGCGGCCCCCAAAUGCGACGUCGCUCCGGCUACAGCUUCCGCGUAUCUCGACCCCCAAUACUGGGAUCAGAGGUUUGCUCAAGAAGAGCAUUACGAAUGGUUCAAAGAGUAUUCUCAUUUCCGUCACCUCAUACUCGAACACAUUCAGCCCACCUCUGCUGUAUUGGAGGUGGGGUGUGGAAAUUCUCAGCUGUGCGAAGAACUGUAUAGAGAUGGAAUCGCUGAACUUACCUGCAUUGAUUUGUCGUCUGUGGCUGUUGAUAAGAUGAAGAAACGGUUACUUUCGAAGGGCUAUAAAGGAAUUAAAGUGCUGGAAGCUGACAUGUUAGACUUGCCGUUUGAAGAUGAAUGUUUUGAUGUUGUCAUCGAGAAGGGAACCAUGGAUGUAUUGUUUGUGGACUCGGGAGAUCCUUGGAAUCCAGAACCUGUAACGGUGAGCAGAGUAAUGGCAAUGCUUGAAGGUAUUCAUAGAGUUCUUAAACCCCACGGCAUUUUCAUCUCCAUCACCUUUGGCCAGCCGCAUUUCAGGCGUCGUUUUUUUAACGCUCCCACAUUUACGUGGUCAGUUGAGUGGAGAACGUUUGGCGAUGGAUUUCAUUAUUUCUUCUAUAUUCUGAAGAAGGGCGAAAGAUCAUCGGAUAACAGUGAAGAUACUGAAAAGAUUGAAGUCCUGCCAUCUAUAUCUCUCUUCCAUGAAGAAUUAGACAACGAGGACUAUUUAUUUCGUACAAAUCUUGAUGAAAUGUGAAAGAUUGGCAAUUUGUGCCCUGAAUGAAGAUGAGCAAAUCGGGUCAACGAACAACGCUAAGCAUCUACACCUUGCCCGUAAUUUCAACGGAGUUUACUUUAGUUGCUACAAGCUGAAAGCGUUUCCGUUCGAAGAUGGUGGAAAUGAGACGAAACUAACAUUCAUUUGUUUAAUUUGGUGUAUCCAUAUAAAUUUUGGAGAAAAUAUUUGCUACAACUAUAUAUUGUUGGGGAAUAGAGAUUUGCUUUUUUGAACAUGUGUUGGGUUUAAGCAUGUUGUUGCUUGUGUUAAUUAUGAAUCCUUGAUGUA